AUGCCUGAUCAUGACAGUGCCGCGCUCCUAACCAGACAGACCAAGCGCCGACGAGUGGACAUCGGUGUGAAACGGACCGUGGGCAGUGUCACGGGGAUCCUACUCGACAGCAUGAAUCAAUCUCAUAGCCCUGAUCGGGACGGAGAUUGCUCGCUAGUUGGUCGAGGCCACGGCAGCACCAACGGUGAUGGUGAGAAAUCCAAUGUUCUGAGGAAAUUACUGAAGAGAGCCAACUCAUACGAAGACACCAUGAUGCCUUUUACCGGGGCAACCAUCAUCUCACAGCUUCUAAAGAAGAAUAUAGGGAAGAAUGGGGGGAGUGACUCUGGCUUUCAGGGUAGUGGAGCGCUGUCCAGCGGCGGCUCGGAAAUCCAGGCUGAAGAUGCCUGCAGCAAUUCCUCCUCCCAGGACCGCGACAGCCCAUCCAACUGCCUUUCGCCGGGACCUCUCCCUUCAGCACCGCCAUCAUUCGGACGACCCUUACCUCCUUCAAACCUCAGUUCCCACAGUCAAACACUGCCCCUUGCCUCAUUUGAUUUAGACAGGCUGUCGGAUGAGCACCUUCGAGCGAAGCGGGCUCGGGUGGAAAACAUUAUCCGUGGUAUGAGUCAUUCACCGCUUGUCCGAUCCAGCACUGACGAUCACAGCCAGGAAAGCAACCCAGGGGGUCUCAAUGUCGGUGAGGUGUACCGGGAGAACAAGAGGAAGCAGCGCCUGCCUCAGCAACAGCACAGCUUUGCCCAGCUGGUGUGUUCCAGGCAGGAGCAGCGGCAGGAGGAGAGGCGACAGCUUAAACUGCAGUUGGAAGACAUGCAGAAGCAACUACGCCAACUCCAAGAGAAAUUCUACCAAAUCUACGACUCCGAGACAGAAGAGGAGGAGGAAAACCGCGAGGGUGGUGGGGUGGACCGAAGCGCUGAAAGAGAUGAGGAUGGUAACCUUUCUGAGGACAGCAUCCGCUCUGAUGGCCUAGAGGAGAGGCACAGAGACAGAGGGCGGCGCCGUCAUGAUGACCUGUCAGACCUGGACCCAGGCUUGUUCCUUGACCGAGCCCGAGCCCUGCUGCGACAACAGGCCUUGAUGGAUAGGGAGAUGGAGGAGGAUGUGGUGGGGCGGUCGGGGGAGGACGAUGAUGAGAGGAAUGGGGAGAGAAUGAUGAAGAGGCAAGGGGGGAGGCAGUUAGCCGAGACACUGAAGCAGGAGCUCAAUUGUGCCGUCUCGCAGGUUGUUGACACGGUUGUUAAAGGCUUCUCAUCACCUCCCUUUGGCCCGUUGCCUUCUCUCACCCCAGACCAUCGUUUUGGUGGUAGCACCUUUGCCCUCAAUCUUCAUGGAGAUGGCAGCCCCUCCUCCAACUACCACUCCUCCAAUCCGAGGCUCCAUUGCUUCGGUGACAUAAUCGUACCGAGCCCAUUGGACUCAUUCAGUAGUCUGAGCGGAAGGCUUAGCGGAGUGCCGACACCAAACGAUCAAACGGAAGCACUCCCGUUGGUGGUGCGCAAAGGUGCUGACAGCAGCAGCGGAGAAGAGAAUGGGACCCCCUCUCUUCCUCCACCACCACCGCCUCCACCCCCUCAUCAUCCUUCCAUCCAUCCUUCCCCUCUCACAACUUCUCUUGGGUUCAGCCCUCCAUCCUUUCGCCAUCCCUUCCCCCUCCCACUCAUGGGCUACCCUUUUCACAGCACUCUGGGAUCGCAUAGCGGGGGCACAGGGUAUGCCCCGGGGCUGAAAGACCACCACCACAUUCACUCCUCCCCAGAUUCAAUGGACAUGACCCGUGAAACUGUAAGCCUGAGAACCAAAAUGGCCACUCUAGGAGGCUCACACCUGGGUCACCACCACAACAGGCAGAACUCUCCGAGUCAACACGGGCCAGAAGGUUUGUCGCUGUCGCUCAUUAAGUCUGAAUGCGGCGACCUAGCAGAUAUGGCUGACAUAUCACCAUACUCAAGCAGCACUAUCCAAGAGGGUUUAUCUCCCAACCACCUAAAGAAGGCUAAGCUCAUGUUCUUCUACACUCGUUAUCCGUCCUCCAACAUGCUUAAAAUCUUCUUCUCUGACGUCAAGUUCAACCGCUGCAUCACCUCCCAGCUGAUCAAGUGGUUCAGCAAUUUCCGUGAGUUCUACUACAUCCAGAUGGAGAAGUACGCCCGGCAGGCCAUCAAUGAGGGCGUGACUGCCGUCGAGGAACUGGCUGUGGGCCGCGAUGCCGAACUCUUCCGGGCGCUCAACAUGCACUACAACAAAGCUAAUGACUUUGAGGUGCCUGAUCGAUUUCUCGAGGUGGCCCAGGUGACUCUUCGUGAGUUCUUCAAUGCCAUCGUGGCCGGCAAAGAUGCUGACCCUUCAUGGAAGAAGGCGAUCUACAAGGUGAUCUGUAAGCUGGACAGCGAAGUCCCAGAUACUUUUAAGUCCCCAAACUGCCUCCAGGAACUGCUCCAUGACUGA